AUGACCGACAGCAAGGUCCCUCAGCCGGGACCGGCCAAACUGAAGCGCAAUGCAGGUCCAGACGAGUGGCUGGAGGCUGCAAAGGACUGCAAGUACCUUUCCGAGGCCCAUAUGAAGCAGCUCUGCGAGAUGGUCAAGGAAUACAUGAUGGAAGAAUCCAAUAUCCAGCCCGUGUCGACCCCUGUCACCAUCUGCGGUGAUAUUCAUGGCCAGUUCUACGACCUCCUCGAGCUCUUCCGCGUAUCGGGCGGAAUGCCAGAUGGCACCGAGCUCGACGCCCCCAAAACCUCACCCUCCAUAAUCACCUCCGCCGACAUCGAACCCCCUUCCACCAUCACCGACCCCAAGAUCCGAAAGAAGUUGCGUGGUUCCCAGCAUGAUGACGAGGAGGGAGAGGACCCUGAGCCCAGCCAUAGUCGGUCCGCCAGUGAAACAUCAUCCGCCCUUCAGCUCAAUCGCAACUUUGUCUUCCUGGGAGAUUACGUCGAUCGUGGCUACUUUAGUCUGGAAACACUGACAUUGUUGCUGUGUCUCAAGGCGAAGUAUCCCGAUCGAGUCACAUUGGUGCGUGGCAACCACGAAUCUCGGCAGAUCACACAAGUAUACGGAUUCUACGAGGAAUGUUUCCAGAAAUAUGGCAGCGCAUCUGUGUGGAAGGCUUGUUGCCAGGUCUUCGAUUUCAUGACGCUGGGCGCCAUCAUUGACGGCAAAGUCCUGUGUGUUCACGGCGGACUGAGUCCGGAGAUCCGCACUCUCGACCAGGUGCGCGUGGUGGCCCGCGCGCAAGAGAUCCCCACGAGGGCGCCUUUUGCGAUCUGGUCUGGUCCGAUCCAGACGAUGUCGAGACGUGGGCUGUUAGCCCUCGAGGAGCCGGUGAGUCCGGAGCCCAUUUUCACUUCGAAUCCCUGCAUCCAUCAGUAUACUAAUUUGUCUCCAGGAUGGCUGUUCGGUGAUCGCGUGGCUGACGAGUUCUGCCAUGUGAACGAUCUCUCCUUGAUUGCGCGUGCCCACCAACUGGUAAACGAAGGAUACAAGUAUCACUUCUCGAACCAGAAUGUUGUCACUGUCUGGAGUGCUCCAAACUAUUGCUACCGGUGCGGUAACCUGGCCUCGGUCUGUGAGAUCGGCGACGACCUCAAGCCCACCUUCAAGCUGUUCAGCGCGGUCAGUGAUGACCAGCGACACAUGCCAACCUCGCGGCCGGGCCGCAGCGAGUACUUCUUGUAA